AAAAUAAAUCAUAUCUUAGUCUCACUACAUUCUCUAAACUAAGUGAAAAUUUACUUUGCAAAGUAAAAAUUAAUUUUGUAAAUAAAUUGACUUGAUUAUUUUCCCCAUUAAUGUAUGUACAGGGGUGGACUGACAACUCAUGGGGCCCCCAGGCAAUAGGGGAUCAUGGGGCCCCUAUGUCCUUGCCCAAACUAAAAAAAGCCUAUGAAAAAGGUAUCAGGGCAUCUCAUGGGGCCCUUUACUGACCCCGGGCCCUCAGGCAGUGCCCGAGUUUCCAAAUG